UCUAACGUAUCUUACACAAACUUGGAUGGUCCAAGAUGGGUUGCACAAACAUCGGGGGGGUUGUGGUGAAAGCAGUCUCAAAGUGGACCUUCAUUUCUCGCUGGAAGAAACCGACAUUCAGGACAAAUUUUGGCCAGAAAGGGCUUUUUUUCAUUGGCCCAUGACUGUGCUGUCACAUCCCCAACCCUUUAUAUGCAAGUUUGGGGCUGGUGCACCCCGUGGAGAACAGACAGGGAGCAACAUUGAUCCUCCAGCUCCUGCACUGGUAAGGAAUUCACAUCCCAGCUGUGGCCAUGAGGAUCCUUUACCAGCUCCUGGUUGUCGUCUUCCUGGUGCUCCAAGGGGCUUCAGGUCAGCCCUUCAUUCCAGGUGAUCCUUGUGAGGCCCAAAAUGGACACUGCACCCCAGGGAUAUGUCGUCGUCCAUACUACUGGAUCGGAACAUGUCGGAAUGGAUUUUCUUGCUGCAGAAGGGGGUGGUGAAGGUGAAUACUCCCUAGAUUCCCCUUGGAAAUCCUUUCUGCUUCUAUCCAAUGGCUUCCGAAACACCCUGACCCAUCGCUCCUGGUGACAGCAGUUCCCGCUGCGAUGAAAG